AUGAUUUCAAAGCUACCCACCAACGUCCCGCCUCACCUGAGCCUUAGGUUCUUGAAAAUCUACUGUAAUUCCGGCGAUUUACAACGUGCACGCCGCCUGUUCAAUCAAAUUCCCGAACCAGACCUGCGUGCGGGGACCGUGCUCAUAUCAGGCUACACGCGACAUGGGUUCCUCAAGGAAUCCAUAGAUCUUCUGCUUCUGUCAGUUGCUAAGGCGUGUGCUGCUCGUGGUGAUGUUAGAAAUGCUAAAGAGCUUCACGAUGAUGCAAUUCGAUUCGGGUUUCAUUCGGAUGUCUCUUUGGACACGGUUUGGAGGCAUUUCGCGAAUGGAGUGAGACCCAAUAUAGUAACAGUUUCUUCAAUCCUACCUGCUUGCUCGGAGUUGAAAGAUUUGAAUUUGGAAAGAGUGAUUCAUGGGUUUCUGGUCAGACAUGGAAUGGAAGAGAAUGUUUUGGUUAGCAGCGCCCUUGUAAAUAUCUAUGCUAGUUGUCUGAGCACUAAACAAGCUCAGUUGGUAUUUGAUAUGAUGUCUAGACGAGAUGUCGUGUCCUGGAAUACGGAAGAGGCGCUGAAAAUGCUCGGACAGAUGCAAGAAUCAGGAAUUAAGUCCAAUCAGAUCACAAUUACUAGUUUGUUACCAGCUUGCAAAGAUUUGGAGAGCUUGAGGGCAGGCAAAGAGGUGCACAGUUACAUCUUUAGGAAUUGUUUAAUGGAGGACUUGGCUGUGACUUAUAAUUGCAUGUCUCAUUGUUUGCCAGCAAAAGACUAUAAGCUUCAUGUCAACCUUCCGAACACGUUUUCUGAUGGUAGAUUGAAGGAUUAA